GAAUAUUAGAUUUUUUAAUAAUCUAUAUGUGUUUUGACAGUUUGAUCAUUUUAUACUGAACAUUUGUUACGCGUGAAGCUUUUAUUGUGGAGGUUAUGCCUGGAAACGUGUGUAUAUGCGCGUGCGCUUAACCUGAGCGGAGUGAGGGGUCUUUGCGCUGCUGCUCCGCUUUAUAUUUCUUAUUUUUAGGUCUAAAAUUGUUCAUCUUCUCUCCAUCAUGGCGGCCGCUGUCCGCCUCUUUCCUGCCGUCACGUUGGCGCUGUUGUCUGUUUUUCCCGCCGCGGUGUCCUUGCGCAAAGACGUGCUCGAGCUCGGGGACGCGGACUUCGACUACCUGGCAACGGAGCACGAGACCAUGCUGGUGAAAUUCUACGCUCCAUGGUGUGGUCACUGUAAGAAAUUAGCUCCAGAGUUCGAGAAAGCAGCAACCAGACUGAAGGGAAGCGUCCAGUUAGCAAAGGUGGACUGUACAGCUCACUCAGAGACGUGUGCUCGUUUCGGGGUGUCUGGUUAUCCGACUCUGAAGAUCUUCAGGAAUGGAAGAGACUCUGCCCCCUACGACGGCCCUCGCUCCGCAGAUGGGAUCUAUCACCACAUGAAGAAGCAGACUGGUCCAGAUUCAGUUCACCUGAAAACUGAUGAAGACCUACAGACCUUCAUCCAACACUAUGAUGCCAGCAUAGUUGGUGUGUUCUCAGGUGCAGACAGCUCUCGUCUGUCAGAGUUUCUGAAAGCUGCAGGUUUGCUGAGAGAACAGUUCAGAUUCGCACACACUACUGAUCUGAAGCUGGGAGAGCAGCACGGAGUUAACUCAGAGUGCGUGUUGUUGUUCAGACCUCCCAGACUGGCCAACAAGUUUGAGGACAGCGUUGUUGUCUUCAAAGAUUAUCUGACCAUCGGAUCUCUGAGACGCUUCAUCAGAGAUCACAUUUACGGUCUGUGUCCUCACUUGACUCUGGAGAACAGAGAUCGUCUGAGAGUUCGUGACCUGCUGACAGCGUUCUACGACCUUGACUACCAUCACAACAUUCAAGGGUCCAACUACUGGAGGAACAGGGUGAUGAAGGUGGCGUCUAAAUACAGUGGGCGGGGCCUAACCUUCUCAGUAGCCAAUAAGAAGGACUUCCUGUCUGAGCUGGAGGAUGACUUCGGUUUGGGGACAUCAGAUGGAGGAGAACUACCGUUCAUCACCAUCCGGACCCGCCUAGGCCACAAGUACACCAUGAGAGAGGAGUUCACGAGGGACGGUCAGUCCUUGCAGAGGUUUCUGGACGAUUACUUUGCAGGUAGACUGAAGCGUUUCAUCAAAUCAGAGCCUGUACCUGAGAGGAACACAGCAGCUGUGAAGGUGGUGGUGGCUGAGUCGUUCGAUGACAUUGUCAACGAUCCAGAUAAAGACGUCCUGAUCCAGUUUUACUCUCCGUCCUGUCCUCAUUGCAAGAAACUGGAGCCGGUCUACAGAGAGCUGGCUGACACGCUGUACACGGAUCCAAACAUCGUCAUCGCUAAGAUGAACGCUGUUGAUAACGAUAUCCCGACUGGCUACGAUGUCCAAGGGUAUCCGACCAUCUACUUUGCUCCAGUGGGUAAAAAGAGCGAGCCGAUACGAUACAAGGGUGGUCGGGAGCUCAAAGACUUCCUUCGGUUUCUGAAGCGGGAGGUGGGACACAGUCUGUUGCUUGGCGGCUCGAAGGACGAACUCUGACACAUCUCAUCCACCAAUCAGAGAUAACUACAGGGACGCCAGCUGGUCUCCAUGACAACCUGAGUCACAGACAGGAAGGGAUGUGUAGACAGCUGCAGGACAAACUCUGAUAAACUGAGUCUAAUCAGCUUUCUCUAUAUGUCAUGAUGUCACACAGCGUGUCACCAGCCCGCCUGCUGUCAUGUGACCGUCAUCUGAAGAUUUUGUUUGUUUUGUUUGGUCAAAGGCAUUCUGUAUACAAUGCAUUUAAUCCGCUUCAUGUGACAUUUGAAGCUUUUUAUUUCACAUAGUUUCAAAUCUGAUUUAGUUCAAACUGUUAGACGCCUCCAACUCCUUUGAGUCAUAACUCAGUCAGAUCUGAACACAGAGACAUGAGACACAUAUUGAUAUCACUCAGUGUGACUUACACUUCCUGAGGAUAUCAUUAUCUCUGAUGUCCAUCACCAAUAAACCUCCAUAAAUCCACUUAGAAAUCAGAGAAAAAGGAGGCUGCAGAACCUGAGAAUCAACACAUUUUUAAGUUUUCUUCAGCAUCAAAAUGAUUUGACAAGUAAAAUAUAGAUUAAAAACUGGGCUCAAGUUGUAGCUCACAGCUAUACUUCCUGUUUACAUCCCCCAACGCAUUAUGGGAACUGUAGUUCCAAAACCGAGAGCAUGAUUAUUCCCCAAAGCCCCCAAAUAACAGGAGAGAAAUCUAUUACUGUAAUUUGAACUUUUUUCAGUGUUUUUGUUCAUUUGUGUUUCUCAAACACUGCAGGGAACAUUUCAGAGUAACAGACAAAAUAACGUCAUUUUAUAAUCUGAAAUUGUUGUUUAUUAAGUAGAAAUGUUUAUUUCUGCCAUGGAAACUGGUUUUAUUUAUAUUUAUUUCAUGCACAAAAUAAUGUGACUUAUUUAU